CGACCAAUCAUUGAGUGAUUAUAAUCUCGAUUAUAAUAUUUAUAACUGUCCUCACUCCUCAAGUCUGAACUGUCUGGAGUCUCGAUUCAUUGUCACAAGCACAACUAAAAAGUGCUAAUAUAUUGAAUUUUAUAUUUAUCGUUAUUGUACCGAUACACAAUCAAAUAUUGUCAUGAAGCCUGGAAUAGUUGCCGAUGAAAUGUUCCCUGAAGGGACCAGUGCCAUAAUGGACUUGGAUGAUGAGACUGGAAGCAAUGUUAUAUUUGAGAUGAAUGAAAAAAGUCUACAAGCUGACUUUUAUAAUGAUUUUAAUGAUCUUAAUGAUGAUGACGACUUUUAACAUAAAAAUUUCAAGCCAUGAAAAAUCAAUCCACAAAUAAUUACUUGAUUCAUACUAACAAAUAAUGUUAGUAUGGUCGUGAAAAAGUUUUUUUUUAAUAUUGUAUUAUGUUAAAUAAUUAUUUGUAAUAUACCUAUUGUAGUAUUAAAAAUAUUAAGGUAUUUAUAGCUAUAUUUAAUUUUUUAUCACAAAUUUAUCUAAGUUUUCUAAAGUACAAUUAUAUAAUAUUUUAAUUAUGAAUGAUUUAAAAUACUAAUUUUUUUUUUAAAUUUUUAUUAAGUAAACAAAGUCUGUAUGCAUUCAAAUAUUAAAUACAAUAAGUAAUAUAGUGGUGCGAAAUGAAACUGAAAUUGGCAGUUUAAAUUAUUUGAUUGACCCACCCAUCCGUUCCAAUUUACUACCCCUCUGAAUUUUUAUUUUUUAGUAUAGCUAUAAAUAAAUAUAUAAUUUUAAGUAUAAAUAAUUAAUGACAUUCUUGUGGUUAAUAAUAAAAUUAUAAUUAAAAGA